UUGCCCAAUUCGGAAACCCUGAAUUUAGCGCCAGAACGCUCGUUGAGCACCGCAUCGCUAGAAGAUGUCUUAGCCUCACUAUUAGGACUGCCAUCGUCGUCAGCGUCAAGUGGUGGAGUGCAGGGCGUGAACGUAGGCGCUGGUGCGGGUGCAGGUGCGAGUGCGAGUGCAGGCGCUAGCGUCGGCGUCGGCGUCAACGUCAGCGCGGGCCCAUCCUCCACAAGUGAUCCAUACGCUAGGUCCACGACGACAGGCGAUUCAGCUAGUCAGUCCCUGGUCACAUUUCGUCAUAUGCCGCAGCAGCAACAGCCGGCACAAAACCCCCAGUCCCAGUCACAACUACAACAGUCCCAACAGCAACUACUACUGCAAUUACAGGCUGAGCAGCAACGCUUGCGCCGCCGCAGUGAGGGCGAUGCACCGCAACAACAAAAACAACAGCAACCACAACUCUACAACCAAAAUGCCAAAACCAACUCGACAGCCAAUAACAUGCACACCAACGCUGGCAACUUCCAAGAUAACAGCAACACGCCCGCUAUCGAUGGAGGCGGAGCUGGCGGAGGUGGCAGCUGUGUCAUCGGCACCGGGAACGCCACACAGCCGACGCGCCGUGUCUCGCUCGGCGACAGUUCCGAGUCCAAUAACAAGACCACAUCCGAAUUGCAGAUCAAGUGCCGCAACACCAAGUGCGAUCGUAGCGCCACGCCCGCGGACGCCAAAAAGUAUUACAAGUCAUGCCACAAUUGUACCCAUUUAUAUUGUUCGCGUGAAUGUCGACGCGCCCACUGGGAGAAGCACCGCAAGGCGUGUCUGCACUCACGUGCGUCGAAUUUGUGCCGCCAAGUGUUAGCCACCUGCAAGGACGAUGUAGAUUCGCAGCGCCAUCUCAGUCUGCUGGCACGUAAGGGCUCCCUGUCGCAGGGUCGCGGCGUUGUGCGGGUGCUCUUCCGUUCCGCCGAGGCGGCUGAGAGUUUCAUCAAGCACGGCUUUCAGUGUAUGGGCGAGGCGUCCUAUGUGCGUUGGCCCGAUCUGAUGCCCGCCGAAAUGGGUCUCGAGCUGUACUCGGAGUUGCUCAAGCUAAGCACCGAAUACAAGCCAGACUCGAAGAUGCUCAUCUAUGUGGCCAUAUGUGUGGUGAGCGAAGCGCCGGGCAUGGGACAGGCGCCAGUACGCUGGGAACGCCAGCUGGUCUCGCGUUGUGCCAAACUGAAACUCUGCAAGAGCAUCCUAGCCGAGCUGGAGCAACAGCAACAGGCCCUCCAACAGCAACAGCCACCGCUGACAGUUGUCGCUGUACCGGAACCCACCACCGAGAUACUUAUACUCACAUUUAAUCCGAACUUGCGCUCGAAUGCCAAUCAAGGCGAACUCAUACUCUCCAACAUACUGGAUAUAUUAUCUCGGCGUGGUGUAUUGCUGCGUAAACAUUAUCCGGAGAUUUAUCAGCGGCUACAAACCUACACCGAUGGACAAACGGAGAAAUUCAAUCCGGUAACAUUGCAUCCGCGCGACUCACAGACAGGCAAGAGCUUCGUUUGCAUUAUUAUGCCAGUGCAUUCAUCUGACAAUGAUGUCAUCAAGUUGCCAUCUGCCUCGGAUGGCGGCAAUCGUGUGACCACCAUCGAUGUGGGUUCGCCGGCAGCUUUGGCGCAACUUGACGAUGAUGAGCUGCUUACGCGUUCCUCGAGUUGAUUUUUAAAAAGCAAUGGUCGAGGCAGUACGAAGAAACGCUCUUCGUCGGCGGGCGCUGCCAAUUCGACGGCGUCGGAUCUGUUAUUACUGACAGCGUCAGCGGAUGUUGCCGCCGGCUCGUUGACGUUGGAGAGCACGCGUAUGUAAGGAUUGAGGAACUAUGAAAGCUACGAUUUUAGCAACUAAGUACGCAGCUUGAAUAGGGUUUAAGAAAGUUAUUAAUUAUAAAAACAUACACACGUGAAUAGAUACAUAUAAACUUGUAAUCAUUCACUCUUAUUGCCUGAAAUGCAUACGGUCAAAAUAAGCUUCCCCUAUACGCAACAAUUGAAGAAACGCAUACUCGUAUAUACAUACAUACAUAUGUAAUCACAUGGAACACACUUGAAAGCUUAAAAACAUACAUACAUAACAACUCGAUCGCGAAUACGCAAAAAAUUCUUCCAUGGUUCGCUUAAAUCAUUCUCGUCUUCGGAAGUCACUUUUUGCUAAAUUUUCCUAAAUCCAUUUUAUCUUAACAUACACGUGCAUACAUAAGUAUAUACCGAUGUAAAUGACCGUAGCCUAUACAUACAUACAUACACUGCCGGCAAAAAG